CUGAGGAAAGAGGAAAGAGGAAAGAGAAAAGAGGACGGAUUAUAGGACUCUGGAGUGAGGGUCGUGCCGUUCAGUUCCGUUCAGCUUUUGCUUCAUAUCACGCGUUAAACUUGUCUAUAUACUUACAUAUACAAUAUUUAUAUUUGUAUAUCAUAUUAUGUCAUUACUAUUGACUUUUUUUUUAAAUUAACAAUUAAAUCAUUAUUUUUUUUUAUUAAAUUGUUUUAGUAGUGAUUGUAAAUAAAAAGAGAUAAAUUAAGUUUUACUGUUAUCACAUGUCUACGUUUGUUUGACAUAAAUUUACUAGUUGCCGGCAAACAGGAUAAUUAGUAUGAACAACUUUUGGAUAACUAAUAACCUUAGUCGGACAUCUAUCUGCGCAUUAAUUUGCACAUCUCUUGUAGUAAUUACUCAAAUUAAAGAAAGCAAUCAACUUAAAAUAAAUUCAAUAAAUGUACCGCCAUUAUUGAGGGAAGGUGAAACAGACUAUGUUAUUUUAGACUGUGAUUAUGAUUUAGAAAAUAUAUCAACUAAUGGAUUAAUUGUUAAAUGGUAUUUUAAUGAUGAUAAUGUCGAAUAUCAAUGGAUAUAUGGAGAUGAACCUAAAGCCGACCCAAGUGCUAGUCAUAUAGAUCUUGGAUAUAAAGCCAGUGAUGAUCCUUAUACCAUGUAUCGGGCUAUGAAAUUAAAUAAUCCAACAAUUAAUUUAACUGGAAACUACAGGUGUGCAGUAUUUACUUUUCAAGAUGAACAGAUUGCCGAAGCAAGUAUGAUUGUUUACUCAACAGAAGAAAAAUUUGAUUUAAAGUCUAGGAAGAAAAUUAUCGAGGGUAAAGAAGGAGUGGAAUUUACAUGUUUUGCAGAGGGAUUGUAUCCACAGCCAACAAUGGAUAUUUCUAUCAAUGAUGUAAUCUUUAAUGAUACGAUAAAACCUGAUUUGACGAUGCGAAAUGACAGUAAAUAUGAUAUUAUGAUGCAAGUUGUUGCAAAAAAUGAGGAUUUACCAGAUGAAGCACUUGUUAAAUGUAGUCUAUCAAUUCCUAAAGCCAAUUAUACUAUUCCACGUGAAUUAAUAUACAUGCCUGGAACGCCAACCAGUACGCCUUCUGUUACGACCAAUCUGCUAAGAAAAAUGGAGAUCCAGGCAAUAAACAGCUCUGAACCAGAUACUGACAAUGGUGGUGGUACUGCUUCAAAACCUUGGCUUAGUCUAACUCUCAUUUUUAUUACUUUAUUUACGAGCAUCUGUUACCACUGAUACUCAUUGUUUUUUUUUUUGGAUCCAAUUCAAAGGAUUCAUCAAAAUGACAUCUCACACUGGAUAAUUGUUCACCACUUGGAUGUUGAAAAAAUAAAAAACUAUUAUUUGAAUCGAUUAAACUAAUUGUUUCAAAUAUGCUAAAUGUUUUUUAAAAUCAAAGUUAAAAACCAAAAAAAAAAUCUAUAUUUAUUACCAAAU